GUGUACAAACUGUGUCAUCGGAGCAGAAAUUCUAAGCAAAGUCCGGUGCCAUUAUUAUACACCAAGUUGUAUCGCACUGAGCAUCACUGUCAUCGGCCACCAGGCGGAAGGAAUUUGUUCGCUCUCGCUGCCGUCGUUUCGUUCUUCCAGUGGCGCGAGGAAGAAGAUGACAACGGUACGACACACUCGCUGUUUUGGAGUUGUAAUGGAUUAAUAAAAUUUUUCUAGUUCUGUUAUCUUUUUUUUAUUGUCCUGACAAAAAUUUGAACUAGCAAUAGUUCGGUUUGGGAAUGAGUAACUUUCUGAGGCUGUGCAUUCAAUUAAAUGGCGGUUUCUUCCACAAUCUUAUUCUCCAUUACUUGUAUUCAUGUUAUUGACACUGUUUGAGGCGAAGUUCAAUUCUGGUACCAUGAUGAGAAUUUGCAGCUAUCAGAGAAAUAAUAAAUUUCCAGUAUGUAGAUUGUUAGCUAGGCUGUAUAGUUCUGGUGAACAAAUUGAUACGGUAUCGGAUUCAAUCCGACGUAUAUGUAAAAUCAUGAUGACAUGCCAAACCCUGGCGCUUGAUACCGCCCUUGACCAAAGUGGGAUUAGGAUUUCACCUGAGAUAGCUGAGGCUGUCCUCAAAAGAUUCGAGAAUGCUGGCAUGUUAGCUCACAGGUUCUUUGAAUGGGCUUCCAAGCAACGAAAUUAUGUCCAUAGUGUGAGGGCUCACCACUCUAUGAUUGAGUCCUUAGCUAAGAUAAGGCAGUACCAGAUGGUGUGGGAUCUGGUGAAUGAUAUGAGGAAUAAGGAGAUUCUAAAUGUUGAAACCUUUUGUAUUAUCAUGAGGAAGUAUGCUAGAGCUCAGAAAGUUGAGGAAGCAGUAUAUACAUUUAAUGUCAUGGAAAAAUAUAACAUGAAACCCAAUGUAGCAGCAUUUAAUGGGUUGCUGAGUGCUCUUUGCAAGUCCAAGAAUGUGAGGAAGGCUCAGGAAAUUUUUGACAGUAUGAAGGACCAAUUUGUUCCUGACUCAAAAACCUACAGCAUACUCAUUGAAGGAUGGGGUAGGGCUCCAAAUCUUCCCAAGGCAAGGGAGGUUUUUAGAGAAAUGAUUAAUAGCGGCUGCAUUCCUGAUGUAGUGACAUAUAGCAUUAUGGUUGAUGUUCUUUGCAAGGCAGGAAGAGUCGACGAGGCAGUUGGGAUUGUAAAAGAAAUGGAUUCUAAUAAUUGUGAACCAUCAUCAUUCGUCUAUAGCGUUUUGAUACACACUUAUGGCGUAGAAAAUCGGAUUGAGGAUGCAGUCUCUACAUUCUUGGAGAUGGAAAGAAAUGGAGUUACAGCUGAUGUGGCAGCAUAUAAUGCUUUAAUCACUGCUUUUUGUAAAGCAAACAAGAUUAAGAAUGUCUAUAGGGUGUUAAAGGACAUGGAUUUAAAGGGUGUUCACCCGAAUUCGAGGACCUGCAACAUCAUUAUAAACAGCUUAAUAGGCAGUGGGGAAACAGAUGAAGCAUUUAGAAUAUUUCGCAGGAUGGUCAGGGUGUGUGAACCAGAUGUAGACUCUUAUACCAUGAUCAUUAAAAUGUUUUGUGGGAAGAAGGAGCUUGAUAUGGCUCUUAAAGUCUGGAAGUAUAUGAAGAAGAAGCAGUUCAUUCCGAGCAUGCACACAUUUUCUGUUCUCAUUAAUGGACUGUGUCAGACAGGCAAUGCUACGAAAGCUUCUAUCUUGUUGGAAGAGAUGAUAGAGAAGGGAAUACGGCCUUCUGGUGUCACAUUUGGAAGGUUGAGACAUUUAUUGAUUAAGGAAGGAAGAGAAGACGUUCUAAAAUUUCUGCAGGAGAAAAUGAAUCUACUUGUCAAGGAGCCAUUGUGUGAUUGAGGAAUCUCAGCUGGCUGGUGCCUGGCUGCCGAGACGAAGUCUUGGAGGUCUGCUUUCUGUCAGCAGGACCAAAUAUUUUUUUCCAUUGUCAGAGCUGAAUUACAAAGGCUUAGCAAGAGGGUCAGAUGGAUUUGAGUUGCCACUGCUGAUUUCGACAGAUAAGUGUUUGUUUUCCAGACGAAGUCUCGAGCCAUUUCUCGCUUGAGCCUCAUCCUAGUUCACUUGCAAGUGAUUUUACAGGCAAAGCAUCAAGCUAUUUCUCAAAACCAUAAAAGCUGGUGGUUGUAUGCAGAAUCUGCACGAUCUUGCUGAAGAGUUUUAUUUAUAUCUGAUCAAGCGUACAGGCUAUGCAUUUAAAUCUUUUUGGCUUGGAGUGAAGAAAAAGUUGUUUACCAAUCUCUGCCCUAAUUUCGACCCUGCAUGUGUAGUAGUUAUUUUACUCCCAUCAUGUAACUGCAAACUAAUUGGUAAUUAUAGUUCAAAAGCAAAAUUUUCAGGUCAUGGACCGUA